AUGUUUUCCAAAGCAUACUCGGCACUUGGUGACGUCACACCAAAACUAGAAGAGCUGGAAAGGAUAUCCCACCAAACUCUCAAGGACCUCCUCGAUUGCCAUGGCCGGGCAGGACAGGCUUUUAUAAUAGUUUCGUUCAUUCUAGACCUCGCACAGCGUUUGGCUGAUUUGAAGGCCGAGGUGGCAGUUGAUCGACUUAACGUUGAACAAAAUUCGGAACCACGCACGAAACCCGAGAAACACGCAAUCUCUGACGAAAUACUCAGGAUCGCAACCAUGAGCAUGAUGGCAUUCGUGGGUUCUGUCAACUCUUUGGUCAUCGAGAAUGGCGUUUUACGAGAGCUUCCGAAAGUCAUUCUUACCCAGACGCUCAUGAUAAACGAAAAUGCAGACCUGGUUGAUAAAGUAGUAGAGCAGCCGCAGGGUGAGGCUAAAAGGGUGCAAAACUCGCAAAUUUUAAAGACCGUGUUGGAAAUGCUGAAGAAGUACCACUGA